AAAACAUUUAAGUCUAUUUUAGUCUUUUUUAUUUUUAAAGUCUAUAUUUUUGACAAAAACUUUUUUAGGUCUAUCAUAGGAAAUUUUUCUUUUUAGAUUCCAGGCUUUCAAGCCCACAUUUUAGAUACAUUAAAAAGUAAAAGAAAUUUAUUAAGGUUCAUGAUCUGCAUGCGUCACCAAGUCUGAUUAGGGUUUUUAUCUCUCCUUUUAACUGACUUGCUCAUUCCAAUCUGUAGACUAGUUUCAGCUUCUUUCUUUUGGGGGUGGAUGAUGAAAGCUGCAAAAUUAGGAAUCCACGAAGAUGUUAAAUUCUCGAAUAGGAUCAGUCAUUUACCUGACGAUUUGCUCUUACGAAUCCUCUCAUUAGUCCCUAUAACUAAUGCAGUGAAUACAAGCAUACUCUCUAAACGAUGGAAAUCUCUGUGGAAGAUGAUGCCAGUGCUUAGGGAUGUUAAAACGGGCUUGUCUUGCCCAUUUACGUCCAAGCCCGUUUAAUUUUUGUGUCUAUAUAAAGUCCAUUUACUUAACAAUAUUAAAUGGGCUUAGUUGGGUUUGUCCAUAUAUGUCCAUUUAAUAAACGGGUUUUGAUAAAAAUAACUGGACAACCUGUUUAGCCCGUUUAAUUUUUUCCUCUGCUCUAAGCUACGUCGUUUUCGGCGUUAACAUGUUUAUUUGUCGUCGUUCUCCACCUCCGUGGCUCCUUGCCUCCUUCCAAAAUAUCAAACUGCUCCAAAUGAGUUUCUGAUUGGAAUCGGGAAGCUUCUAGGGUUUCGAUUUGUCUUUCGGCGUUCAUCUCGUGUCUUCUACUUCUUCUUCUUCACUCUCUCUUCCUCGCAUCUUUGAUACAGUCAAGGUCACCUAGCCUCUUCUUCAAGAGAUUUUUUCAAGCACCAGCCCUGUUAAAAGCAGUAAACUCAUCAGAAAGGAUAAGCUAAUUUUUCAGGUGCAUAACCAGUAGACAUACUCGGAGAAACGCACAAGGAGUGUUAGUUACAUUUACCAACCAGGAGCUAGGAAGGUUAGAAAGAACAAAUCGUCAACAACCAGGGCAAUCCGACACCACUAUGGGUGAUCAAGCCAAUCAGGAUGAUCUUAUUGCUGCAAUGGCACUCAUGCAACAGCAGAUGCAACAGUUGCAGCAGACCAUUCAAGCGCAGGAACAAGCUGCUCAGCAGGAACAAGCUGCUCAGCAGCAGCAGGAACAACAGGCGCAUACUGCUUCAAUCGGGCAGAGAAACCUUCCUUGCAACAUCCAUACUACUCGUUCUGCCAUAGUUCCUCCACCCUGCACUAGGCAGGAAUUCGAAAUCAAGCCUGCUUUGAUCGGUCUAGUAUAGAGAAAGGUGUUCUCUGGUCUCUCUACAGAAAUUCCAAUGGAGCAUAUUGAGAACUUCGAAAAAAUCUGCAGUUUUACUCGCGCGAAUGGUGUUCCACCAGACUACAUCAAGUGCACGUUGUUCUCAUUCUCUCUAGAUGGAAGAGCUGCACGGUGGUUGAACUCUCUCCCUACCGGCUCUCUCACUUCAUGGGAACAGGUCCGAUCAACAUUCCUCAACCAUUUCUACUCUAAGGCGAGAACAGCUGCAUUGAGGAACAAGAUCACCUCCUUCAGACAGCUCAUCGAUGAGCCUUUCUGCGAUGCAUGGGAGCGCUUCAAUGACUAUCGCAGAGAAUGUCCUCACUAUGGAUUUGAUGAUGAUUACCUCUUAAAAAUUUUCUAUGAUGGAGUUGACUGGGAAUUUCAGAGUGCUAUGAACUCUGCCAGCAACAGAGACUUCAUGACUCAGACCACUAAUGGAGCGUUUGAGCUGAUUGAGAACAUGGCUGCUACCUCAGCCAAUAUGAACGAGGAGAGCGAUCGCUCCAAGAAAGAGAACAGUUCCGACACCCAGAAGAUAGAUGAGUUGACUGCCAAGGUUGAUCAGCUACUGAAAAAUAACCAAGGGCACGUCUUCAGCAUGGAGCAAGCUACGACCGUGCAUAUUCAGAACCAGAACCAGCGACAAUCGCAGAGCAAUCGACAAGCUGUUCCAGCUACUGGGAACAAUCAACCAGAUGAGCUGAAGGUUCUGGGUAUGAUGAUGCAACAACUGUUGCACGGUAUGCAGAUUCAGGGCAAUGCAUUGAAUCAGGUUUCUACAUACAUCAACACUAGGAUGGACAACAUUUUCACCGAGCUGAAUACAAAGUAUGAUACUGUGAGAAACCACAUAAAGAGGAUUGAUGUUCAACUUGUUCAAAACAACUGAGAGUGUUAAGAGGCAGCAGGGUAUGCUUACUGGAAAGAGUGCGAUGAAUCCUAGGGUUGAGCACUGUAAUGCAGCAGAGGUGAGAUGUGAGAAAUCUGGGGAAAAAGAACCAGAGCAACUGUCUGCUGAGACUGCUCCAGGCGCAGAAGAGAGAACAGAGCAGCCUGCUAGCUCUAAUGUGACUGCUCCCGACGAACCUAUUGAGAUUCUACCAGUGCGAGUCUAUGUUCCUAAGGUUCCAUAUCCAAUUCCACCUAAACAUCUGAUGGAUCCUAUUAGUGCAGAGCAGCUGGCUGGGUCUAUGAAGAUGGCAAGAAGGCUUCUUCAAAAUAUCUCAUUUGAACAUGCUUGGGAGAUUAGGCCACUGCACAUGUUCUUCAAAAAUUGCAGAGAAUCUGAGGAGGAAAUCAAGGCACUAUUUACUGAAGCACUGACACCAUCGCUGAAGGUAAUGCCUAAGGUUGAUGACCCUGGAAAGUUUAUUUUUCCUUGUUCCAUUGUUGGAGUGGAAUUCAAGGAAGCUCUUUGUGAUUCUGGGUCUAGUGUGAACCUUGUCUCAAGGGCGAUUGUAGACGAGCUGAACAUUGUGGACAUUGAGCCUUCUCAGGUGAAACUGGCUUUUGCAAACUCUUCCAUGACAGUCCCUUAUGGCACAAUUCACAACCUUCCUGUCCAAGUUGGGAACUGUAUUCUCCAUACCGAAUUUCAGGUUGUUGAGAUGAGCAAGGAUCAUGAGAUGCCUUUGAUCUUUGGAAUGUCAUUUAUGGCUACAGUUGGAGCAGUCGUCGACAUGCCUAAAAAGAGAGUUUCCUUCUCCAACAUCAACAAGAAGGUUUUCUACAAGGCUCUCCCAACCAGAUCACAAAUCCGCUACGCCUCUUGCAUCUCAGUGGUUAGUGGAGAACAACUGGAUAUUGUUCCUAAGAAGGAGCUUGGUAAAAAGGGUGAGAUCAAAGAAGUCCUGGAUGGAGAUCCUCACACGGAUACCAAGAAACUCAGUGGGAAUGCAAAGGUGAAUGAAAAAGUCCAUAAGAAAAGGGUCAAGGAUGACCCUAUGAUGACUUUGAUACGUCAGUUGUGUGAUGAGAAAUCCAUUGAGUAUGAGGUAAAGUGCAAGGGUACCUCUAAACCUUUCUCUAAGGUCAGAGUAAUUCACACACAUGAGCUGAAAGAGAAAGGAGAAGCUGUUGUGAAAGGGUUGUUGAGCAAAGUUUUGAAGCUGAACAUGUCUGAUUGUGGAGCUUGUUUUGGAAUAAGCCCUCAUGCUCAACCCGACUGAUCCCUAUCACCAAGUCAAGCUAGUGACUUAAACCAAGCACUUGGUGGGAGGCAACCCACUGGUAAGUGUAAAUAUAACUUGGUUUUGUUUUGUUUGCUUAUUUUUCGUUUUAGUUUAUUGAGUCUCAGGUCAAAAAGCAGAAAAACCUGAGAUACUUCAAAAAUUAUGGGUUGCAGCAACGGAACAACCUACCCCUUGAAAAGAGCGGCUGUUCCAGACGACCAUCUGACGAUAGAACACCCAGAAUUUUCAUGGAGCAUCCGCUCCACUCAGAUAAGUAUCUCAACAAAAAAAUGUUUAUUCUUUCUUUCACCUUCUUUCUGAUUUAUUUUCACACCAGGGACGGUGUGAAGUAAGUCUGGGGGAGGGUUUUCGUCGUUUACUAACUCGUUUCUUUCUUCUGUUUUUCUUUUGAGUCAAUUUGAGUCAGUUUUUAUGAUCGAGUCAAUCAAAACUUUGUGGGAAUUAGGACCUUAUUCCGUGUUGAUCACUAACCACCUCGUGCUUUAGUUAUCUUAUUCAGUGACCUUAGCGGUGGCGAACGACACACAUGUGGACCUGGAACACCCUGACAUAUCUCACUUGAUUCUCCAGAAGUUCUCAGCCGAUCAGGUUACACUGGGUAGACUACUCCACCUAACUUGAACCUAAUCUUGACUGAAAUUCUUCUUGUUAUGGGCAUUAGAUCAGGGAAACGAGAACACACUCAUGACUUCUUAUCCUUUUUAUCCAUCUUGCUGAUCCUGAGUGGCUAGCUCAUCUUUAGCUAGUUGCCACCUUGCACCUUAGCGUUUAUUCCACCUUCAUGCAUUUGUUUUUCAGUGUCAUAUGUGCAGUUAUGUGCAAAAAGGUCGGAGAGGAAAGGAUCAACGCAGCCUCUUACUCGUUACUGCUGCAGAAAUUUAGUCAGAAAGGAGAACAAGCAGAUUAAUGGAGUAACCGCUCCAUAACCAAUGAACUGCGCAAGAGCAGGGGUGGAGAACCAGAAUGGUUGCGAAAUCAGAACCACCAGUGGCACUCAGAACCAUCAUGUAUUACCUCAUUCUUCGUCACAUCACCAUAUCCGUCUAGAAAAAAAAAACACAAAAACAAAAAACAAAACAAAAACAAAAAAAAAAAAAAAUAAGGUGAUGGAGAAGGGGAAGAAAGAAAAGAAACAUGAGCCACGGGGAAGGUCGAGCAAAAGAAUAGGUACCAAGUUGAAAGAUUGGAGAGCAGGCAGAUGAUCUGAUCAUCCAGAUGGGUGAUCCAAAACGGAGCAGUCGCGCCAGAUAGAGCAAAAACGAGUAGAGGCUGUGGACAUCAAUGGAUCUAUCCUCUCUUGCCAUUUUGUGCGAUAUUCUGCAUCCUCUUCAAUGAAAUGGUAGCCCCUAAACACUUUUAACUCCACCAUUAAAUAGCCUGUUUAACACCUAGCCCGUCUACCCUGAAUAGUGCCUAGGGAGUUUUGUCUCGAUAGUGUUGCUUUUUCAGGUUUGAGAUGUAGAGUAUGGAGCCGUUUUUGAACAGCAGUCAGUGGGGUUCCGGUAAGAGUGUGUUAUCCUAGUUUUACUGCUUAUAUGGUUCAGAGAUUCGUGGUUAAAGUAUGGUUGCUGAGAAUAGGAGAGUUCCCACACUUUCAAACCUUUCUCCAUGUUCUUGAUACUUGACAUUGUUUGAGGACAAACAAGGAUCUAAGUCUGGGGAAUUGAUAUAUGGUGUUUUUGGCAUCUUGUAUAUAUGUCUUCUAAUUGGUUUUCAAGUCUUUAUCGAGUCUUCCUAGUCCCUUUCGAGUCAUUACAGGUUUGGAGUUGCAUUGGAUGAGAAAUAAACCAGUUGGAGGAAAAGAGGCAGGAAAGAGUGCAAUUUGGUGAUUUUCACGCGGAACAGUCGUGCGGAGCAGUCUGGCGUGCCUGUUCCAGCGGCAUAGAUUUUUAAGGAAGUUUCCAAAUAUUUCGUGAUUUUACCUAGGGCUUCCCCUUUUUACUCCUUGGCUGCCACAGACCUGCAUAUAUAUCUUUUCUUAUUAUUCUACACAUUCUACACUAUUUUUUUUUCAGAGAGAUUUUAGAGAGAGAAAACUUGUACUCUUGUUAAGGGAGAAGAAUCUCUACAUCCUUUGGAGAAGAUUUCUAAACCCUCUUUGCUUUUUAUUAUUGAUUCAGACAUGUUUUCUUCA